CGAAGGUGUCGAGUGUCGACGAUAUGAUGAAAUCGCACGAAGACUACAUCCAGAAGUGUUUGCGCGACGCUAUGCUUACAUCUGGCGAACUGUUGAGAGCUAUCGUUCAGUUACUCAGACUUUGUAUCGAUUUCUCCACAUUUAUGAAAGACUCUCAGUGCCAUUCAACACAAUACGAACUCUUGGGAUCUACUCAAGUGUUUGAGUGCCAUAACAACCAAAGAGAUAUCUGUGUCAACAUUAAGGAGAGCAAAGAGUUAGACAUCAGUUUCGAAGAUCACAUCAGUUCUCUGCAAACAGAGUUUGACAUGUUUUUACAUGAAUUACUCGAUGCCAUCAAACUUCAAACUCAAGAGAGUUAUACAAUGAUUCCUGUCUUGAAUCGUCUGGAUUUCAAUGGCUUCUAUCAAUCAUUUGAGUCGAAGAAUGAUUACCAAAUGUAACAUAUCUGCCAUCAGCUCAUCGCAAGACAUCAUUUCAUCACAUUUACUGUUAUAGCAAUAGAUCUGAGAUCAGAACUAAUCUAUGGAUAAUCUGAUUGAAACACAUUUUUAUACAGUAUUCAAUAGUUUUCUAAAUACAUAUAUAUAUAUUUGUCUAGUCUUUAGCCAAAUAUCAUAUAAUUCUAAC